CCAAUUUAGGGCCUGAAUUCUGGAAGUGGAAGCGGAAGAAAUAGAAGAGGGGAGAAGGAGGGCUCUCUCGUUGUUUCGGAUAGAUCUCACACUCCAGACAGAGAGAGAGAGAGAGAGAGAUAAAGCGAAAUCCCCAAAAAUAAAAAAAGGGAAAUUUUUGGUAUGCAAAGUCUUUCUCAAAUCUCCUCCUACUUCAACCUCUACUUCUUCUGCAGCUGUUUACUCUCAGUUACAUAUGUAAAUAUACACAUACACAUACUCGUACUCAUACAUAUACUCACGCUAUUAAACUCUAUAGACACAUCUAACCCUUUUUGUGAUUUUUCCCUGAAAUCAGUUUGACAACCCCCGUAAUAUUACAUGCAUCGCCUAAAGCGCCUUUCCUGGUAGCCCUGAGUUGCAUUUGAUUGAUUAUGAUUAUUCUUUUUUUUGGAAUUCUUUGCUGUGAGGACUCUACUUCAGCUUCCGGAUUGCGGGUUUUUCCAUUUCGCUCCAAUACUUUGUUGGGGUUGUUUGAUCAAUGAUUCUAUUGGUGGAGUCAAGGCCUCAAAUUGUGUUUAUUGUGUGACAACACUUGAAAAGUAAGACAAUCAUGGCAGAGAACACUGAAAUUGAGGACCGGGUGGAUCUUGAUGAUGACAAUUACACUGAAGAGGAUGAUGACGUCGAAGAACCCAUUGAAGAUGAAGGAGCUGGAGAGGCUAUUGAAGAAAAUGGCAAAGAGUUUCAGGAGGACAUAAGAAGUGAGGAUGGCGGGAAAGAACAAUCUCCAGGAACAGAUAGAAAUGAUAUUCGCAUCGGGCAUGUGGAAAUUGAAGAAAACCCUGCAUCAAUUAAAGCAGAUGAGAAAGAAAAGCAUGCCGAACUUCUGGAUCUUCCUCCUCAUGGUUCUGAAGUUUUCAUUGGAGGACUUUCUCGAGAUGUUUCAGAGGAAGACUUAAGGGAACUCUGUGAACCCUUUGGUGAAAUUUUUGAGAUAAGAGUAAUGAAAAACAGGGAUACAGGCGAAAGCAAGGGCUUUGCAUUUGUAGCCUUCAGAACAAAAGAUGUUGCUCAAAAGGCAAUUGAAGAAUUACAUAAUAAAGAAUUCAAGGGCAGAACAUUGCGGUGUUCGCUAUCAGAAACUAAAUACAGAUUGUUCAUAGGUAAUGUACCUAAGGGUUGGACUGACGAUGAGUUUAGGAAAAUCAUUGAAGAGACAGGUCCCGGGGCUGAAACCAUAGAGCUCAUAAAGGAUCCACAGAACCCAGGUCGUAAUCGGGGUUUUGCCUUUGUGGAAUAUUACAACAAUGCUUGUGCUGAUUAUUCUAGGCAACAAAUGUCUGCUCCAAGCUUCAAGCUGGAUGGUAACACACCAACUGUGACAUGGGCUGAUCCAAAGAUUACGCCAGAUCAUUCUGCUGCUGCUGCUCAGGUCAAGGCUCUUUAUGUGAAGAAUAUACCUGAAAACACACCGACUGAACAAUUAAAGGAACUCUUUCAACGCCAUGGGGAAGUAACAAAAGUUGUUAUGCCACCUGCCAAAAGUGGCGGAAAAAGAGAUUUUGGAUUUGUCCACUAUGCGGAAAGGUCAAGCGCAUUAAAGGCCGUCAAAGACACAGAAACAUAUGAGAUAAAUGGUCAGGUGUUAGAAGUUGUUCUUGCAAAGCCUCAGACUGAGAAGAAGUUUGAUGCAGCGAAUCCCCACAAUCCUUCUCCAGUCCCGAACUAUAUUCCUCAUCCAGGGUAUGCUGGUAUACCAGUGAAUCCUUAUGCGCCUAUAGCUGCUGGAUAUGGUACAGCUGCUGGUUUUCAGCAGCAACCUAUGAUUUAUGGAAGGGGGCAAUGGUUUUACCAGAUGGUCGAAUUGGCUAUGUUCUCCAGCAACCUGGUGUACAGAUGCCACCACCUGUCAGACCACGGAGGAAUGAUAGGAGCAAUGGUGCUGGUGGACCACAAGCACGAGGUGGAACGAGCAGUAGUAAUGAUGAUAGUAACCGUAACAGACGAUACCGGCCCUACUAGAAGUGGGGAGAAGUAAAAUGUUGUACUUGGAUAGCCAGCUGUAGCAGAUGAGUAUAUCCCUGAGCCACUUGCCUUUUUGCUUGUUCAACCUUGGCACAGGGGAAAUAGACGUGGUAAAUUCAAGCAUUAGGAUGAUGGCAGUAACUAUAUUUUAUCAUGUUCUUUACUAUUUGUUCGUUUGUCUGGGAAGAGAGAACAGUGUGAACACUUGUUGGCAGAGCUUUAUUACUAUACAUAUGAAUUUGAAUAUUUAAGAUUCUGCUCUAGCUCUAUGAUUCA